AAAGUUCUUUCCAUUCAUCAAACCAAACGUCAACAGCAGAAACAACCAGUAGCUGCCACCCUUGCUUUGGCACUAAGCUUAUUAAGUCCUCACACCAACACUGCUUUGAACAUAUUCAAAACCUCACAAAAAAUACUGCCAACAACAUCUUACCCUCUUGGCUUUAUGUUGCCUCUUGUAAGCGUUGGAGUUGGCUCAAACUGAGCUGCACUGAGGUUUUGUUCAUGGCGAGCCCCAGCGACUUGUCCGUUCGCACUCCGUCGGAGAUUAGAAAAAAGAAACUUUCUGGGCAACGAAGGAAAGAGGAGCUUGAAAGAGAGGUUUCUUUGCUUAAAAGAAUGCUUCAUCAGGAAGAGAAAGUACAUGAGGUUUUGGACCAAGUCCACAAUCGGAAAAAUGGUGAUUCUGCUAUUUCUAUCCCAAGAUUUCUUCCUCCCAAGAUGAAGGAGCUUUUGGCAGAGCUAGCUAUGGUUGAAGGAGAAAUUGGUCGACUUGAAGGCCAAAUUAGCCAAGUUCAACUUGGAUUGAAGCAUGAACAAGAAGCUACAAAGGAAUCAAAACUAUCAAACCAAUGGCAACACGGAAACCUAAUUAGUAACCCCAUUCCUCGUGCAUCAAAUGUAGCAAUGCCAAGCCCCAUACACAGAAGUGUUAACAAUGAGAGCCAGAGAAUGGGGUAUCAUGAGACCAAGGCAUUGCAUUUCAUAAGUAAAGCUAUCAAAGGUGAUUAUGAUCACCUUAACGACCUCAGUCCAAACGAAAAAAUCGGAUACUCGAGAGGGUUUUCUGAUCAAAAAGAAAAUUAUUUCUAUGAGGAUGUUAAAUUUCAAAAUAAGCUUCCGAGAAACAAUGGAUCUUUGAGGGCACCCUCACCCUUGAGGGCACCCUCGCCCUUGCGAGCUCCUAGACAUCCGUCACCCAAGUUAAAGGAACGUAAUCCAGGGAUUACUUCAGAACUGCCACCAAAAUCUGUACCAAUUCCAACACAAUUAGAAGAGAUCAGCCAGAAUUGGCAACCAAACAAGCUCUCUGAGGAAAUCAUGAAGUGUCUAAACUUCAUAUACAUUAGGCUGCUUAGAACAACAAGAACAAUGGAAAUAGAGAAGUCAGGCCCCAUUUCCAGGUCUGUCAACUCUUCCAUAACCUCAAGAAGCUUCAGGGACGAUACUGGCGCAAAUGCGAAGUCAAACCUUUUGUUACAAAAGGAGUCAAGGCAACAAGACCCUUAUGGCAUCUUCAAUGUGGAAGAGUGUAUUCCUAGAGACAUUGGCCCUUACAAAAACUUGGUUACUUUCACUUCAAUCUCCAUGGAUCCAAAAUCCAUUUCAGCCUCCAACUCUAUUCCUUUACUAAAAAAAUUAAGGGUAUUGAUGAACUAUCUCCAGGUGGUGGAUUUGGGGUCCUUGACAUACCAACAGAAGCUAGCAUUCUGGGUCAACAUUUACAAUGCUUGUAUAAUGAAUGGUUUUCUCCAGUACGGAGUGCCUUCGUCCGUGGAAAAAUUAUUCGCAUUGAUGAACAAGGCAACUCUGAACAUAGGGGGUAAGAUUUUAAAUGCUGAAUCCAUAGAGCAUUACAUUUUGAGGAAGCCAGCACCUUCCAGUAUGCAAGAGGCUUUUCGGAAUGGUGAGAAAGAUGAUAAAGCCAUCCGCGAACUCUACGGUCUUGAGUCCAUGGAUCCUAAUGUUACAUUUGCACUGUGUUGUGGAACUCGUUCUUCUCCCGCGGUGAGGAUAUACACAGCUGACGGUGUUGUAGCUGAGUUGGAGAGAUCAAAGUUGGAGUACCUGCAAGCAUCAAUUGUGGUGACCAGCUCAAAGAAAAUUGUGUUCCCAGAACUACUGCUAGGAAACAUGCUUGAUUUUGCUGUGGAUGUGGACUCACUAGUUCAGUGGGUUUGCCACCAGUUACCAACAUCCGGGUCAUUGCGAAAAUCAAUGGUGGAUUGCUUCAGGGGUCAAAUUGGCAGUGGCAAGAUUACUACCACUGUUGAGAAAAUGCCAUAUGAUUUUGAGUUUCAGUACAUAUUGGCCAUGUAAUCAAGUCCCUGGUUAAUUUUUCUUCAGUUGGUGUUGACUAUCACGUAUACCAAGUGUGUAUAUGAAUAAAUCAAGGGUUGGAUUAUGGAUAUAUUGGUCAUUAUACCCAUUAGUUGAAUACC